AUGGUAGAAGAUGGUAGUUAUGAGCAAUAUCCAUGGGGGAAAAUAGCAUAUUCAAAAUUGAUAAAAGGAAUGCGUCAGGAGUUUUCAAAUGCCAAACAAAUGUAUCGUCUAGGCGGCAUGCCAUACGCUCUGAAUGUUUGGAUAUAUGAAUGUGCAUCUCAAGUUCCCUCUGAAAUUGCUGUAAGAGUGGGUAAUAAAAUUCCCAGAAUUCUUAACUGGCGUGUUGUCGCCGUGAAUCCAAAAUUUGAGACCUUCAUGUCUACCAUCUUCAGUGAGUAUCCAUGCUCCAACAUUGUCCAAUCUCAACAUGAAAUGGAAUCUAUUGUCGUUCAUGACAGCCAACAGAAACCUGAAGCUUCAACAUCGGCUGCCAAGGUCAAUUUCAGAAAACCUCAUGAAGUCCCUGGAUUUGAGGACUUUUCAACAACACCACCCACAGAAUUAUUAAAGAGAUCCAGGGAUGUCGCUGAUACAUCUUCUCUACCUCCUUCCAAGAGAAUGAAGACUUCCCCUGCUAAAAAGCCAAUUCAAGUAGAAACAGCGCACAAGGAUUUCAUACCACCAAAUGAAUUAGAAAAGCCUGUUUCUCCUGACAAUGAACCAGGGGCGAAGUCACCAAAUGAAUCAGAAAAGACUGUUUCUCCUGACAAUGUACCAGGGGCGAAGUCAGCUGUUGACCGGAAGUUCAAGCGUUUGGAGAAUAAAAUGGAUUCAAAUCACAUUGAUCUUUUGAAAGCCAUCGACAGUAUGGCGAACCGAAUGACUGGCACAUCAUCUCAAGUUAAAAAAGAUGAUUUUGAUCAAACAUUCCAUGUGGUUGAACAACAAGAAUCACCUACUGGAUUGGAGAGACCUGAAUCAUCCACCAUGAUAAAUCAGGUGGACAAUAUAUCAGAACAAAGCAUUUCAGCAGAUGUUCCUGAAUUAUUUGAUCAACAAGUUUAUUCUGAUACAUUAAAGGAAGAUGAACCAUCCGUCAAGAUACAAAAUGUGGAUGAUGUAUCACAACAUAACAUUGUAUCAAAUGAUGAAUCGAAAACAUUAAAUUUUACACCGCAAUUGAAGGAUGUAUCAGCACACCAAAUGGAACCACAAAGAGCAGAUACUGAUCAGCUUAUUGCUGAUUCUGAUACAUUACAAAACACUAGAAAGAAAGAUGGAAGAGUAGUCGAUGUUAAAACUGACAAAGUAGAAGAGCAAGUUGAGGAGAUUGAAAAAGAAAAAAUCAAACCAAGCACAUCAGAAUCCAAUACUUCAGCACCAUUUUCGACCGAAACUCUGGAUGUGAUAGAUGCUCUAAUAUACGGACUUCCAUUACCAGCCAUGCCAUUGACAGCUGUUAGUCAUGAGCAAGUUCAGGAUGAAUGUCUAUUACGCGAUAACCAGCUACCAACCACUCUUCCAUCAAAAGCUAAUGUAUUGUCUGACGAUGCAAAGACACCAUUUCGAAGAAGCAGGAUUCCUUCGAAGAUCUUACAGUCGCCGUAUCUUUCAAACUUUGGGUCGAGUGAAAAGGGAAAGGAAAAUUUAUCAGCUGUUAUGCAUCAGACAUACCCUUUUGAAGGUUUUGGUAUAUGCUAUCAUCCCUCAUCUGAGCUUGUCACAGACUACUCUCAAUGGAUAGAUAAAGGACUUCUAAAAUCACAUGGCAACAAGUAA